AAAAUCGUUUUAAAAAAGAGAAAUCUGGCAACACAGUCACACAGAAGACCGACUACAAAAAUGGCAAAACGUGUUUCGUGCGGUCUCGAUUUCGUUUCCCCUGCCGAUAUUACAAAUGCUCUUCAAAUCGCCACAGAAUCCAAGUAUGAUUUCGCUGCACUGCCAAUCGCUCAUCCGAGACACAAAAGAGAUUUCUCCGGAAAUUCUCAAGCUCGACGUCUCACAGCUUUCACUCGAGCUGAUCUCAUUCUGAACAGCUCAGACUGGAGCACGCUCAUUGUUGGAAAGAUUUCUCCACAUGUUGAUUUGGAUCAUGAAGACAAGUUGCUGCGGCAAGAAUCUGAGAAAAUGCUGGAGCAAGAGUUGUCCUUUGCUGGACAUCUGGGUCUCCCCGCUGUCCUUGUCCCCUUGAGAAAGAACAACACAAAUUUUGCCAGAUUUAUGCACAACAAAGUGUUGUCUUCACCAUUAAAUCAGGCCAGGUACCAUGUUUGGCUCCACCUCCCCAUGAAUUCCCCGAAAAUUGAGGCUAGUCUGUUUGAAAGGGAUGUGGAUGAAGAAGAAGUUGAUGAUACUUGGCAUUGGUGGAAUAACUUUCGCAUCACUGCAAACUUUGAAAAAAAACUCUCAUUGGCCCUGGAGCUCACAGCUGAUUUGCCUGAUGCUGUAGACAUUGAUCGUUGGCUGGGAGAGCCAAUCAAGUGUCUUGUGGUUCCUACCCAUUUGUUCAUGACCAACAAGAAAGGGUUUCCAGUUCUUCCCAAAUCCCACCAAGUGGCCAUACGUCAGUUUUUACGCCAGAAGACGCAAAUUCUGAUCACUGGAGCUCAGCGCCACCAACAUUACAAGCAUUAUCAACAAUACAUUGAGCAUUUGUGGCAAGUUGGGUAUGAAUCAGAUCCAGUUAUGCAAUUUGCACAAGGGUACGAAGACUUUCUCCAAUUCCCUCUCCAACCUUUGAUGGAUAAUCUCGAGUCUCAGACCUACGAAGUAUUUGAAAAGGAUCCCGUGAAAUACACCGAAUACCAGCGGGCGAUGUAUCUGGCCAUCCUGGAUAAAGUCCCGUUGGAAGAAAAGGACACGAAAGUCAUAACAUUGAUGGUUGUCGGUGCCGGUCGAGGUCCCUUGGUUCGAGCUGCCUUAAUUGCCGCAGAGAAAGCUGAUCGUCGCAUUCGUGUGUACGCAGUGGAGAAGAAUCCCAACGCCAUAGUCACUUUGCAAUGUCUAGCCGACGAAGAGUGGGGGGAUCGAGUGACUAUCGUUUCUUGUGAUAUGCGCGACUGGGAUGCACCUGAAAAGGCAGACAUCCUCGUCUCGGAAUUGCUCGGAUCGUUUGGAGAUAACGAGCUAUCGCCAGAGUGUCUGGACGGCGCCCAAAAAUUCUUGAAAGAUGACGGGAUCAGCAUUCCUUCGAGCUACACUUCUUUUCUGGGACCAAUCCAGUCUUCCAAAUUGUUCAAUGAAGUGCGAUCCUGUCGGGAGCGUGACAAGCCUUACUUCACUUCUUUCGAGAUGUCAUAUGUCGUUCACUUUCGCAACAGGACAGAACUGGCUGAUCCGCAGUCCUUGUUUACAUUUACUCAUCCGAAUAGAGAAAUGCCAAUUGACAACAGCCGUUAUGAAGUGCGGCAGUUUCCUAUUAAAUGCGAUGCUAUGCUCCACGGGUUUGCCGGCUAUUUUGAAACGGUUCUCUAUAAAGAUGUGAUGCUCUCCAUCAACCCUGCAACACACUCGCCUGGAAUGUUCAGUUGGUUUCCAGUUCUUUUCCCUAUCCAGAAUCCCAUCAGUCUGAAGAAGGGAGACGUUCUCGAGAUUCAUUUUUGGCGUUGCGUCAAUCGCACCCACGUCUGGUACGAAUGGUGCGUGACGAAACCUCAUGGCAGUGUCAUUCACAAUCCAUUGGGUCGCUCGCACAAUAUUGGCCUCUAAAUGUAACUUAAUAACUAAGCAUUGUUAUAAUCAUGAUUCCACUCGUGUCUAGUUCUUCCCUUGUUCAUCAUGGGACUGAAUACAAGGAUUGUUCAAGUGUUA